GACCUCUAUCCAAACAACAGAAUCAAAGACCUUCAGUAAACAAAAGCCGCCAACGUUUGCAGCAGAAAAAGGUGCCUCAGAAGAUAGAAGAAACACUGGAAUUGCCAGAUGGAGCAGCAUUGUCACCUCUGGAGAAGGCUGAGCAACAGGAGUCCAGAAAUCAACAGGUGGAAGUUGGACUUGAACAGUCUUGUAAUAGUGACCCAACUGCAGCAACAAGUCCACAGCCUGUGAAAAAGAAAAUGGAAUUGCAGGAGAAGUCUCGGUGGGAAAUCCUUCAACAAGAGCAGAAACUGAUGGAAGAAAAAAAUAAACGCAAGAAGGCUUUCCUUGCUAAAGCAAUUGCUGAAAGAUCUAAAAGAACUCAGGCUGAAACAGUUAAAUUAAAGCGGAUUCAAAAGCAGCUCCAAGCUUUAGAUGACAUGGUAUCUGCUGAUAUUGGGAUCCUGAGAAAUAGGAUUGACCAGGCAAGCUUGGAAUAUUCAAGUGCUCGGAAGCGUUAUGAUAAAGCAGAAUCGGAAUAUGUGACUGCAAAACUGGAUCUCCAAAAGAAAACAGACGUUAAAGAACAACUUGCAGAGCACUUGAGCACAAUCAUACAACAAAAUGAACUCCGAAAGGCAAAGAAAUUGGAGGAGUUGAUGAAAGAGCUGGAAGUAGAAGCUGAUGAAGAGAACUUGGAACUGGAGAUUGAAGUAGAGCAAAUGUUGCAACAGCAGGAGACAGAAGCUAGAAAGCAAGAGAUCGAGACACAAAAGCUUGCUCAGAUUGAUGUGCAGGACACAGUUUCUCAGACUUUGAGUGAAGGACAUGAAAAUGAAAACCUUAGAAACAUUAAUGGAGCAAUUUAGAAGUUCCCAUAUGGAUGACCAAAGUCACACAGCAAACUCUGUUUACGAAAUAAAUUAUGAUUCAUCCAGAAUAUGUCUGAUAACAUUAUUUUUGAUAUUUGAAUAAUAAGAAGGACUGGCAUAUAAUGACAAGCAGCCUCUGAAUUUGUGCAGAUUUUUAGUGUCUAUUAUUAUCAGAGUACAUCUCUGUGUGUGUGUGCGCGCGCAGGGAUGUGUAUACGGAUUGUAUUAUAUAUACAAAUGAUCUCUUCAAUGUCUACCUUACUUUUCACUGAGAAAUCGGCAUGUGAUCCCUUAUGAAGGGGAAAGAGUAAUUUAUCUACAUAAUAUUUAAAGUUCAAAACACCAUGCCAGUAGAGUAAGGAGUUGUAUAUUUCUUAUCGUGGCACGACAAAACCGCACUCCACUAAAGCGCGCCCGAUUAAACCGCGUCGCUGACGUCAUCAGCA